AUGCCGAAGGUAUUCUACUGCAAGAACGUGGGGCAAAAUGAGCUCAACUCCUUCCUGUGGACAAUCAAGAGAGAUCCCCCAUCCUAUUUCUUUGGCACCAUCCAUGUCCCGUACACGCGUGUCUGGGAUUUCAUCCCAGAGAACUCCAAGAAAGCCUUCCAGCAGAGCCACAUCGUAUACUUUGAGCUGGAUCUCACUGAUCCCUACACCAUCUCAGCUCUCACCAGCUGCCAGCUCCUGCCACAGGGGAAGAACCUCCAGGAUGUGCUGCCCCGUGACAUCUACCGCCGGCUGAAGCGGCACCUGGAGUACGUCAAGCUCAUGAUGCCGUCCUGGAUGACCCCAGACCAGCGGGGCAAAGGGCUGUAUGCAGACUACCUCUUCAAUGCCAUUGCUGGCAACUGGGAGCAGAAGAGGCCGGUCUGGGUGAUGCUGAUGGUGAACUCCCUGACAGAGGUGGACAUCAAGUCACGAGGCGUGCCCGUCCUGGACCUGUUCCUGGCCCAGGAAGCGGAGCGGCUCAGGAAGCAAACUGGCGCCGUGGAGAAGGUGGAGGAGCAGUGCCACCCGCUCAAUGGGCUGAACUUCUCCCAGGUGGUCUUUGCUUUGAAUCAGACUCUCUUGCAGCAGGAGAGCCUCCGAGCAGGCAGUUUCCAGAUCCCCUAUACGACAGAAGACCUUAUCAAGCAUUACAACUGUGGGGACCUCAGCUCCAUCAUCUUCAACCAUGACACCUCUCAAGUCCCAAAUUUCAUUAAUGCUUCACUUCCAGCUCAUGAACGCAUUAUUGCCCAAGAGAUAGACAGCUACUUCCGGCAGGAGCUCAUCUACAAACGAAAUGAGCGAAUGGGCAGGAGGGUGAAGGACCUGCUGGAAGAGCACCCAGACAAGAGUUUCUUCUUUGCAUUUGGAGCUGGUCACUUCAUGGGCAACAACACAGUGAUUGAUGUUUUGAGGAGAGAAGGGUACGAGGUAGAACACACUCCAGCUGGACAAGCCAUCAACAACCGAAAGUCCCCCAAAACCUUGUCAGCCUUUUCAUCAUCACACAGUCCCUAUGUCAUGUCCCAUGAGCUCCCACUGCACCCCCAGAAGGAGGAGGAAGAGGAGGAGGAAGAGUUCCUGCCUCACCUGCUAUUCCCUGACAGCAUUGAUGUGCUCAUGAAAGCAGACAGAAAGUACAAAAAAAAGAAGAAAAAGCAGCAGAAGAAGCAAAGACUGCGACAAUUCAAUGACCUCUGGGUUCGCCUUGAAGAAAGUGCUACUGAUCCCCCUCCCCGGAUCCGCAUCAUUAAUGGCUACAUCACGGUCGAGCCGCAGCCGCGGGGCCACCGACGGUCCAGUCACGCUGGCACAGACACCAGCAGCGCUCACCAGCCUUCCCAUUCUCUCUUCCUUCCACUACUGACUUUGCCUUUGCAUAAGGUGAUGCGUCAUUGA